UGUGUGUACAGUCCCGGGUCUGCCUUUGUGCAGACGCCGUGCACACCGAUCAGUGCUGCAGUGCCGGUGCCGCGGGCUGGGGUUCGGGGAGGAGGGUCGAGCCCGGCCCGGCUCCCCCCACCCGGGGCUGCGGCAGUCGCCGCCCGGUGAAGAUGGCGGAGGUGCUGGCAGCGUCUCCCCGGCGCUCAGAUGUGCACCAAUCAAAGAGAGAUGAUCGACAGAGACUGGCGAAGGAAAGGCGAGAGGAGCGAGACAGAUCUCUGGCCGUGAGAGAGCAGCAGAUCCUGCAGAAGGAGAGAAAGGCUCGUCUGCUGUACGAGAAGCAGAUGGAGGAGCGGUGGAGAAAGCUGGAGGAGCAGCGUCAGCGCGAAGAGCAGCGCAGGGCGGCCGUGGAGGAGAAAAGGAGGCAGAGGCUUGAAGAAGAGAAGGAGCGUCACGAAGCCAUGAUGCGUCGCACUUUAGAACGUAACCAACAGUUAGAACAGCGGCAGAAGAGGUGGUCGUGGGGAGGAGCAGCACCCACUGGGACUGGAACCCGAGAUGGUGAAUCAGAAAAUACCCCACCCCCUCCUAUAGAUCUAGCAGCCAACACCUAUCCUCCAGAGCCUGUGGUCUUUGAUGCUGCUGCUUCUAAUACUGCGGCUGAUAGGUUCCCAGCUCCUGCUGUGAACCUUCCCAAACAAAUGGAGUCGCCGGUCUGCAAGCUCCCGCCCUCUUCUGCUGCAGCGUUCCCACGUCCCCCUGAAAGAGUCUCAGGUAGCCCCCUCAAGACCCCUUCCAAACCUACAAGUCCGAGCGGAGACAGACAGAGUGCAGCAGCCACUUCCAGCUCACCAGGAGAAACCAAAGGGAGUCCGAUGUCGGAAACUCAACAGGGAGUCUGGAGCAGGCCUCAAAGGAACAAAGUGCCUGGAGCAAGCCGAAAGAAGCAGGGAAGGUCUGGAGACGGAGGGAGAGCAGAGAUGGUAUUACUGGACUCCCAGAGCUCUAGCAUGACUGAGAAAGCGAAGAAGGAAAAGAAGCACCCAUCUGGUGUGGGAUCCAGUGUGACAUCCACGUUCAGAAGAUCCCAGUCUCCAGCGAACAUGUCCAAAAGGUCAUCGUCACCUGCAGUGAAGACGAGUUCAAAGGUUCGGACUCAGUCUCCCAGCUCUUCCAAAGAGUUCCCGCCAUCUCCAACCUCCAGUGGGAAGUCCUCUCCCAUGAGAAGGCGGCUGUCUUCCAACAGUAUUGCAGAGAGUGGGAAGAAGAGCAGAGAGAAGGGGGAGGUAGCUCGGCAGAAAUCAGAGGAGACGGAGCAAGCUGAGGGUGAGCCUCCAGCUGCGACAACUCCAGUCAAAGAGCACGAGAGGAAGAAGGCAGCUGUGGGUGAAGACACAUCCAGCACUAAGACCAUGGCAGGAACAACUAAUCCUGAGGAAGCAGCCAAGCUUCUUGCAGAAAGACGAAGACUUGCACGUCUGCAGAAGGAGAUAGAGGAGCAGGAGCGGCGAGAGCAGGAGGAAGCUGAAAGGAAACUGAAGGAAGAGUUGCAAAGAAAAGAGGCUGAAGAGAAGGCACGUCGUGAAGAAGAGGCACGCAAGCUCGAGGAAGAGCGAAGACGGCAGGAACUGGAAUGCCAGAGAAGAGCAGAGGAGGAGAGAAUCUUGAGGGAACAGCAGGAGAAAGAGCUCCUGGCCAGAUUGGAACAGCAGAGGGAAGAAGCUGAAACCAAGGCUCGAGAAGCAGCUGAACGGCAGCGACAAAUCCGGCAGCAGGCCAUUCAGCAGAUUGAACAGGAGAGGCUGGAGAGGAAGAAGAGAAUAGAAGAGAUUAUGAAAAGAACCAGACGAAGUGAUGUUGGAGAGACCAAGAAAGAAGAAAUUAAAGUAGAGGUUUUGCCAAACGUGAACAUGGUAAAGGAGCAUCAAACCUUGACCUCUGUGGAACCAGUGCAAGUCAGCACAACACUGGUUUGCUUGGAGAGCAAGCAGGAUGAGGCAGCUUGUUCUGCUGUGACCCCGUCUGAGGCUGUACCAGCCCUGGAAGUGGUACCAGACCUGGAAGUGGUGCCAGCAACUGAGCAAGUGGAUGAGCAACCCAACAGUGUGGAUGAUUCAACAGAUGAGUUACAGUCAAUGGAUGUGAGCCCUAUGUCAAAGGAUGAAGGUAUAUCCAUCCCGGAGUUCUCUCCACUAAAUGAGGUGAGCCAAGAUGUGGAAUUGGAGAAGGACCGGAAUGGGUUGAGUGAUGCACAGGCUGUUGAAGAUCUCAUUGACCUGACAGGACAUUCAACCUACAAUAAGUUGUCCCAGGAUAAGAUCAGCUUGGAUGAUUGUAACAAGAACUUGAUUGAGGGGCAGUGCAUUUCAACGGAGGAGAAUCCUCUUAUCACAUCGCUGACUAAAUCCGUUGAGGAAACUCAUAUACAGACAUCAGCAGAGCUCUGAACACAUUGGACAUGGACUUGAUCAAUCCCACACUAUCGUGUCUCUCUGCGAAGAUUAAUGCAGCCUUUGUUAACCAACAGCAAUCCUACACGCAGCAGUUCAAAUCACCUGUAUUAAAUGCAUUUUUUUUAAUUUUAAGGAAAAAAAUAAUUCUAUAAAUGUUGACCAUGGUCAGAGUGGUCAGUUUGAACAACACACUCAAGUGCCAUUCAUCUUGCAAUUAAAUUGUAUUAACAGUAAAAACUCAAACAUGGUAAUACUCACUUUUAAAACAUGCCUCCCAUUAGUUAGGUGAAAUACUGCCCACAGUUUCAGAUUGUUGUGAAUAUCAUUGUUAUUUAUUGAGCUUCUGCAGACUUCUCUUAAUAUUCAAGCAUAUUUACUUAAUUGCCUCAGGAGAGGGUGUAUUUAAUUGCAGUGUGAAUGAUGUUUGUUGUAAUGCAAAGUAUAGACUAAGGGAUAUUGUAAUGUGUAUUUAGAAAACUCAGGUAUUCUUCAGUGGCAACUGAAUGUUAAUUUUGAAAUGUUAAAUAUGUUUUAUUAUGAUUCACUAAGCAUUUUGCAACAUUUAAUGGAUUUUAUAAAUGAAUUUUCUGCAUAACCAGAGCCUUUUCUUUUUAAUUUUAACGAUAAAAAUAAAUCUGUGCACUUCUCUUCAGUUGCUAAUCAACAUUGUAUUCAAAUGCAGCAUUAACACCAUAAUAAAGAAAAUAUAGCUCAUGCACUGAAUGGAUAUAUCACAAUUGACUCGAGUAAUUAAGUAGUGAUUUCUCUUUAAGUGUACGCUGUCAUGCUCUCAUUUUGUACAAAGUUUCACUUGUAUUUCAAAAGAAGGGAGCAAAAUCUGUGGCUGAAGUUCUUUACACCUUUUGGCAGAGUGAUACCAAACACUUCAUUGACAGAAAACAAAAACUGUUUCACAACAGCUUUCAUCUAUUUGGGAUUUUCAUUGCAGCCCCUCUUUUAACCAAUGAGGUAAUUCUCACUUUUAAACUGUACAAACAAAUAUACACAGAUUUAAAAUGAUUUCUUAAACAUAAUGCCUUAAAGUAACGUACGUAUGUAGUCAUUGGGGAAAACCACACCUUUUAUGUUUCCACCAAGUACAGGUCCUCAAAAGGUAAAGAAAAUGAAAAGUUCAGAUCAAGUACAGCAGUCUUUUUUUCUACAAUAGAUCUUGUUGGCUGGAUAAUAUCCUCACCAUUUAUUACUCAGUAGUAGCCAAAAAUGUAGGGUAGGAUUGGAAAGUUUCCAAGCUUGUCCUGGAAUCUCAAGGAAUUGAAGAUUAAUAUCCUGGGCACUGCUGCAAGCAAACAUGGAAAACUAUUGCAAUGCAGAUUAGAACUAUUGAAAUUAUGUUUUCAUUUCCUUAGAACGUUUCCCAAUCAUUAGUUGCCAAGGAGGUAAAAAAAGAAUUGUUUGAUUGAUCAGGAAGGUUGGAAAUAAGUAGUCAUAUUAUAUCAUCUCCAGCUGUGCCUCCAACCAGAGUUGCCAGCCCUGGAUCUAAAACAUCCAGCACAACAUAUAGAUUGGCUUCAAUCAGUUUGGCACUACUGUGAUUCCAAAGAUGGUGUUUAUUUGCAAAGAUUCACAUAGACUUUGUUAAUCAGCCAUCAGCUUGAACUCGGGCAAGUACCUGAACCAACUCCCAGUGGCAUGUUGCAGCUGAGUGUAUGGUUCACACCAGUUUCAAUUAUUUAUUUCCUCAAUCUUGUUUUGCUGCAAGAUCUACCUGAUGAUAAAUGUGAAUGAUUGAUUACAGGUGAAAAAGCAAGGAUAGACAAUCUGAAAUGGUUUGCAAUUUAAAAAGGAUUCCUAAACAUGUAGCUGACGGCUAUACUAAAAGUAUUGGUAAUAGCAUAGAAAAUCAUUUGCAUAUUUCAGGGUAGUGUCCUGGAUUGUGACACUGGGCAUAACCACUGUGUAAGAAUUGUUUGCUGCUAUGGGAACCAAGCUUGGUCAGCUGUCUCACAUGUAGUCACACUUCCAUUUGGAAAGAUUGUGUUACACAGAAUCAAACACUGAUUGAUUAUUUAUCUCUGCGAAGUCCAUGAUUGCUUGUUGCCAAAGCAGUAUAUUUCUUUGAGUAAACUUCAGUGUGUAUGUGGCCAAUUUGAACUGCUGGCUUAAAAUCUCACAAAUCAGCUGUAUAUCAGCUUCUUUUGGAUAGUAGAAUGUAUUUCCCAGUGCUUAUUAGCUAAAGAACUACUGUUAUUGUGUGUGACUGUACACACAUGUAUGGCCUAAUUGUUUCAUUGCACUAAUGGGUCCAUUCUGUCAAUAGAUUGUCAACACGAUGGUUUGCAUGCCAUAUUAGUCUGUUCAAAUGAUCUCAUUCGAGGAUGCCGCAAUAUGUACCACAUCCGCUGAACAAUUUCUGCAUCUGUAACAACUCACUUAUAAAUAGCUAUCUUUGGCCAAUGUUUAGUAAUUGUUGUGUAGUUGCUGAUGUGCUAAAUCUCAUUAUAAUGUUGAGCAUGUAUGUGUAAAGCAUCAAUAAAUUUUUAUUGUAAA